GACAAACCUCCCGUCGCCCACGGUGCCAACCCGGCAGAUCUCAUCCCGCGUCCACAGCGUCUCAUGGUUCUUUUUCACUCCACUAAGCUUCUCGGCACGACCCUAGGGCUCUUUUGUCUCUUGUCCUGGCCAUGAUCAUUCAACCUAGGCUACAUGCGAUUGUCUUCGGCCUUAUUCCUCGCACAAUGUCAUGCACGGGUGCAUAUUGGUAAUAACCGACGAAUGAAGCUAUCUGCCGACCGGAGACUAACAUGGCAGGUAUUGGAGGCUCAUUGGAGGCUCAGUGGGAGGGUUGCUCACCCAAAGAUGGCCAAUCUACUGGUUGAUAUACAUGUCCAACUCACGUUUUACCAAGAGUCUUCGAGCGUUGUAGAUCUGAUUGAAACUUUUGAGUGCAUUUUACAGCGACACCUCGGGUAUCUUCACGCUUCUAUCCUUAUCUUGGGUCCUCAGUAUCAGGGCAGGGUCAUUGCUUCGUAUCUUCGAAAACAUUCAUGAUCGGCACUCGAGCUUGGUUCAUACCCUCUCAUCUUUUCCUUUGAAGGACUUUACCGACACCGCUCCCUCCUGCUAGAUCAACAGGAAUGGCUGGUCAGGGCUUCGGCGUGGCUUUUUAAUAGGAACUGGCGAGUCAGUCUUG